AAUCGCUUGUCUUGCCAGCUUAGAAUAAUAUUAUUAAAACGAGCCAGCGAGCCCGGUCUCCGGGAGUAGGUUAUGUUGAAACGGCAUAGAAAAGGUGGAGGAGGACGGUGGAAGGAGUAGCAACUUUCUCUCUUUCUCACCAACUUCAUGAGGAUUUGUCGCCUGGGGUUUUGCAUGGCUGAAUGGACUUGAGUUUAUUUCACAAUACGCAGUUGGAUAUUACCUUACCGUGGCCUGUUUUAAGUUUAAAGCUGCUCUUUUUGGGGACCUUUUGUCGCUUAUGGACUUAAUGCGUUUUGAUUUAAUGUGAGACUGAGUGGGGAGACGUGGAAGUAGGCAAAGGCACAAUAUAAUCUGUAUUGAUUUACGUUGUCGCCAUGUCCAUGCUUCCAACGUUUGGUUUUACGCAGGAACAAGUGGCAUGUGUCUGCGAAGUCCUCCAACAAGGGGGGAACAUCGAGCGGCUCGGGCGCUUCCUCUGGUCCCUCCCGGCGUGCGAACACCUCCACAAAAAUGAGAGCGUCCUCAAAGCGAAAGCCGUGGUCGCCUUCCACCGGGGGAACUUCCGAGAGCUCUACAAGAUCCUGGAGAGCCACCAGUUUUCGCCGCACAACCACCCGAAGCUGCAGCAGCUGUGGCUCAAAGCGCACUACAUCGAGGCGGAGAAGCUGAGAGGCCGCCCGCUCGGCGCCGUGGGGAAGUACCGCGUCCGGAGAAAGUUCCCCCUGCCCCGCUCCAUCUGGGACGGAGAAGAGACAAGCUACUGCUUCAAGGAGAAGAGCAGGAGCGUUCUCCGGGAAUGGUACACCCACAAUCCUUACCCAUCCCCGCGGGAGAAAAGAGAGCUGGCCGAGGCCACGGGACUCACCACCACGCAGGUCAGCAACUGGUUCAAAAAUCGACGGCAGCGAGACCGAGCAGCGGAGGCAAAAGAAAGAGAAAACAACGAGAACUCCAACAGCAAUAGUCACAACCCAUUGACUUCUUCCAUGAAUGGAAAUAAAUCUCUAUUGGGGAGCUCGGACGACGAUAAAACACCAUCGGGGACACCGGAUCACACGUCUCCGAGCCCGGCUCUGCUCCUCGGCUCAAACGCCGGUUUACAGUCCCUGCACGGCCUCGCGCCCCCACCGGGACCCAGCGCCAUCCCGGUACCCAGCGGUGCAGACUCGGUGCACCAUCACCACUCAUUGCACCAUGACACCAUACUGAACCCUAUGUCUUCUAAUCUAGUGGACCUUGGCUCUUAAAAAAACCGGCACAGAUGGGAGACAGAGAGCACCGUUUUUUGGAAAAGUAAUUUACGAGGUGGCGUGAGACAAGCUUCAAGCACUUGCGGCAAGGUGCAAAGCAGACAGACUGGGACACUGCGAAAACAGCCACCGUAACAAAUCAUUUAGUCUCAUAUUCAACCUCUAAAAAACAAGUGGGAAAAAUCUGCCAGUGGGCGCAGCACCUCCACUUAUCCCCAAAUUAAACUUCCGCUUGUUUCAGGGACUUUCUAGAAACAAGUGUCAAGGUGCAGCACUUAAGAAAUAUUCGAGAAAUACUUAAAGCAGCCACCAUUUUCUCACCCUAUUGGCAUAUUUUCUUUUUAAUUCGCUUAAGGAAAAUAUAACUCGAAAGAUUAUAUGACUUGUUAAGACGGAUCAUUUUUGCAGUGGUGGUGCAGACAAAAGGUGAGGCAGAUCUAGGUCGUUUUAGGUAAAAAAAAAAAAAGAAAAAAAAGAAAAAAAGUAUUUUACCGGAAUGUAAUAACGUGACAUGUUAUUAUAUUAUAUUAUAUUGUUGAAAACAAUAACAAUAAAAUGUCUUAAUUCUUGUUACUAUUACCGUUGUUAUUUUAGGGGUUUAGAUUUAUCAACAUACUCUGUAGGCACCGAGUUAAAGAUACCCCAUCGCCUUUUUGUUUACAUAGGGUUUUCCAAGAGAGCCAUAAACAGUUCAUUUUUUAUUUUAUUUUUUGGAGGGGGACGGGGGGAUGAUGGGGUAUGAUAUUCUCAAGUGUCUUAUAAGAGCCGUGAUAAGAUGAAAUAUCUUAAUCUCUUGAUAUUAUUAUUAUUUGCAUUUUCAUUUGGAAAGAGACUGCAUGUAAACUUUGCGAUAAAUGAUGAAACAUAAAACGAUUCACCUAUAGUUUCAUAUAGCCUUUACAAUAAAAGAAAAUGAAAUACA